AUGCCACUUCGCCAAUUAGAUGAGUCACAUCCCUGCUCGAAGCCACAGGAACUAAAAGCAUGUAUUUUUAAGGACUACACUAACGAAAAAGCACCAGCAAAUCUCCUGGGGGUGGCCCCACCGAAGAGCAGACCGCUCUCAGCUCGCCAGGGCGACCAGAACGCCUCGCAGCAAGUUAUUUCCAACAGCCGUCGUUCCGAGGGCUCGACCUUCCCGAGGGGGCAGAGCUGGCGGGGCGGUGCUGCCUGCCGGGCAAGGGGGGCAGGUGGCAACCGGCUCGCUUUCUCUCCAGGGUCGCAGGAUGCCGCUCACGACCUGGAGAUGAUGAAAAAGCAUAAGGUUACUCACGUUCUAAAUGUGGCAUACGGAGUCCAAAAUGCCUUCCUCAAUGACUUUAUAUACAAGACCAUUUCUAUUCUGGACCUCCCAGAAACUGAUAUUAUCUCCUAUUUCCCAGAAUGUUUUGAGUUUAUUGAGAAAGCCAAGAUCCAGGAUGGCGUGGUACUGGUCCACUGUAAUGCAGGAGUCUCCCGCGCAGCAGCAGUAGUCAUCGGUUUUCUAAUGAAUUCAGAAAGACUGAGUUUUGCUAGAGCCUUUGCCUUGGUGAAAAAUGCAAGGCCUGCGGCUUGUCCAAAUCCCGGCUUCAUGGAGCAGCUGCACAAGUACCAAGAACAGAAUAUAAAGGCAAAUGGAAGCAUAAAUGAUCACGACUGAUCAAGAGGGAGAAGUGAAACAAUCUGUCUUGACUACACAGCACAGAUGUUGGAUGUACUUUAAUCUGUCAUUUUGCAGUCCCCUUUCACAUGUCCAUAUUUAAAGUCUACAUAUUUUUUUUUCUUACCCCCCCUUUGAAUCCCUUUUUUUCAGCAUGUAGUCUAAAGGCCAAAUGGUAUUCCACUGACUGCAGAGAUGAUUUUGCCCAAGAACAAGCUCUUCCUAGCGUGCUAGUAAAAAGAUAAAGUUCAAUUUUCCUUUCCUUUUUUAUUGAACCAUCAGAAAAUGCAGGUAAUAGAGAAAGAAAAUAGAAUAAGUUGCCCUGUUUAAUACUAAACCACAUCUAUGCACUCUAGUUGGUUGUAAAAUCUAGAUAAUAAAAUGUUCAUAUAAUAAAGUACCUUGAUACAGAUUUUUAAAUUUAUAUUGCAACUGAAGAGGAUUUUACUGAAUUUUGUGGGCUAGCCAGCCAUUGAAUAUUUUUGGAAAUUAAAACAGAUGGUCUUCUGAGGAUGCUCAAAGUCUGUAGGAUGCUUUAAUGCUUCAUGUCUUUCUACUGUUUCUCAUCAAGUAGUGAUCCAAAGUGCACUAACAUGUUUUCAAAGUGCUGGAACCAGGCUAUCAGGUUUCUUUGUAGAUCAUUUUGGUGGAGAGAAGAAAAAUGUUUAUAAUGACCUCCCUCUGUCUCGCUGCUGCUGCUGCCGCCUUUUCUUUGCAUUCGGUCCUCAUUUGCUGUCCCCUCACUCCAUUCCACAUUAUGUAUAAAGAACAGAUAUCAUAGUGACCCUCCUGACAGAUCUUGGGCUGGAAUUACUGUCUUAAGAUGGCAUUUGAAAAAAAAAAAAUAUCUCUAAAAGAUUUUAAUAGUACUUUUUGUGGCCUUCGUGCCAGUUCUAAAUGGUUUGAUGAUAUAUUUAUACGUGAUAAAAUAAAAA